GGUAGGUCCACUUAUGAUCCACUUAUUCUACUUACAACUGUAACUGCCCCGCGUCCACAAGGGUCUCGAAACUGUCGAACUUUUGACUCAUGCGAAAUUUUGGCGGGGCAAUUCCAGUUUGUUCUAUGUAACUUCUUACAUAUUACACACAACGUCGAGUCCGAGCCCACCGUUCCUUUCUCUCAUACAAUUAAAAACCCCUCUUCGUCGCGGUUGUCGCGGCUUUCGUCAAGAUGAGCAUCAGUUUCCCGCGAACAGAGGAGGACAUCGUGCGCUUCUGGCGCGAGGUAGACGCUUUCCAGACUCAACUGAAGCUCACUGAGGACUGUCCGCGCUUCACCUUCUACGAUGGCCCUCCUUUCGCGACUGGACUGCCUCAUUAUGGCCAUCUUCUCACUUCCACUAUCAAAGAUAUCAUACCUCGAUAUUGGUCCAUGAAAGGAUAUCACGUCGUUCGUCGCUUCGGUUGGGACACGCAUGGCCUUCCCAUCGAAUACGAGAUCGACAAGACUUUAGGUGUAUCUGGCAAAGAUGCUGUUAUGAAGAUGGGCAUUGAGAAAUACAAUGCUGAAUGUAGAGCUAUUGUCAUGAGGUAUGCCGCCGAAUGGAGACAGACUAUCGAGCGCCUCGGUCGCUGGAUAGAUUUCGACAAUGACUACAAAUCUAUGGAUGUCAAAUUCAUGGAAUCUUGUUGGUGGGUUUUCAAAGAGCUCUUCAACAAGGACCAGGUCUACCGGGCCUACCAGAUCAUGCCCUUUUCGACCGCACUCUGCACUCCCCUAAGUCACAUGGAAUCCAAGCAAAACGAGAAGACGACUCAGGACCCAGCAGUAUUAGUUGCCUUUCCCGUGAAAGGCAGGGAGAGUUCUUUGAUAAUCUACACGACUACGCCAUGGACCCUGCCGUCUAACCUUCUCAUUGCUUGCCACCCCGAAUUUGAGUACAUAGAGAUCCUGGACGAAGCCUCCGGGAAGCAGUAUAUCCUCCUGGAGAACGGACUGUCAAUGCUUUACAAGGACAAGAAGAAGGCAAAGUACAAGGUCCUAGGAAAGCUUAGAGGAAAAGAGAUGAUAGGCUGGAAGUACGAGCCUUUAUUCAAAUAUUUCGUCGACCAGUUCGCCGAUUGUUUCCAAGUUAUAGGGGCCGACUACGUCGAAGCAGAUGAGGGUACCGGUCUCGUGCACCAGGCUCCCGCUUUUGGUCAAGAAGAUUAUGACGCCGCGGUUGCUGCCGGCUUCAUACAUCCGGGACGCCUGCCGCCGUGCCCUGUAGAUGACAAAGGUCUCUUUACGGCUGAGGUCAUCGAUUAUGUCGGCCAACACGUCAAAACUGCCGACAAGGCCAUCGUAAAGGAUUUAAAGGAGACCGGUCGGCUAAUAGUCGCCACCCAAGUAUCUCACGUGGACAAGUUUUGUUGGCGAUCUGACACACAACUCAUCAGAAAGGCAGUUUCUUCUUGGUUUAUCCGUGUGACUAAUUCGAUCCCUGAUAUGCUGAACAACCUCGAAUCAACGACUUGGGUACCUUCAUUUGUAAAGGAGAAACGAUUUACGAACUGGGUUGCCAAUGCGCACGACUGGAACAUUGCGCGAAAUCGAUACUGGGGCACGCCACUCCCAUUAUGGGUUAGUGAGGAUUACGAGGAGGUCGUUUGUGUGGGAAGUAUUGCCGAGCUCAAGGAGCUCAGCGGGUAUACCGGUCCUCUAGACGACAUUCACCGAGACAAGAUCGAUGGAAUUACUAUUCCUUCCAAAAAGGGCAAAGGACAGCUUCGUCGAGUCGAGGAGGUCUUCGACUGCUGGUUCGAAUCGGGAAGUAUGCCAUAUGCGUCGAACCAUUUCCCCUUUGAAAAUAAAGAAACGUUCCAAGGCAACAACUUCCCUGCGGACUUCAUCGCAGAAGGACUUGAUCAAACCAGGGGCUGGUUCUACACAUUGAGUGUCUUAGGAAAUAAACUUUUUGGUGUCUCGCCUUUCCGUGCAGUCAUCGUCAACGGCUUAGUUCUAGCGGAAGAUGGGAAGAAGAUGUCCAAAAGCCUCAAGAACUACCCAGACCCCAAGACUGUUAUUGAUCUUUAUGGCUCCGAUGCGCUACGACUCUACCUUAUUAACUCUCCAGUCGUCCGUGGUGAACCUUUACGGUUUAAGGAGGCAGGAGUUAAGGAGGUAGUGGCCAAAGUUCUCUUGCCAUUAUGGAACAGUUACCGUUUCUUCUAUGAACAAGCCGCUCUCUUCAAGAAGACGACUGGCAAUGACUUCAUUGCCCAACUCCCAGAAACUAACAACGUUAUGGAUCGAUGGAUUCUCGCUGACUGCCAGAGCAUGUUGCAGUUUAUUGACCAAGAAAUGGCUGGUUACCGCUUGUACACUGUGGUGCCUCGUCUGCUUUCAGUAAUCGAUAACCUGACUAAUUGGUACAUUCGAUUCAACCGUAAGAGACUCAAGGGUGCCGCUGGUCUUGAUGCCAAAGAUACAAAAGCAGCCUUGGACACCCUAUGCCAAGUUCUUUUCACACUUGUCCGGGCACUCGCACCAUUUACCCCCUUCCUCACAGAACAUAUCUACAGUCUUCUACAGCCAUACCUUGGUGAUGCACUCUCAGAAUUCACCAACUCGAAGAGUGUACAUUUCCUUGCCUUCCCAACCGUACAGGAGUCGCUCUUUGACGAAGUAAUUCAGAGGAAGGUGUCAGCUAUGCAAAAAGUGAUCCAGCUUGCAAGGACAGCCAGAGAGCGUAAAACCAUUCCGUUGAAAACGCCUCUGCUCACACUUGUAGUCAUUGCAGAUCCACAGCAGCUCAGCGACAUUGAAGAGUUGCUUACUUACGUCAAGGAGGAGCUCAAUAUCCGAGACGUUGUCUUGACGAAUGACGAGGAAAAGUAUGGCAUUCAGCUGGAGGCCCGAGUUGACUGGCCUACUCUGGGCAAGAAGUUGAAGCGGGAUGCGCAAGUCGUUCGUAAAGCUUUGCCGGAUCUCACGCAGGAACAGCUGAGGCAGUACUUGAAGGACAAGAAGAUUACUAUUAAGGGGAUCGAGCUUGAAGGGAGCGAUAUCAACAUUGUUCGUGUUAUAGCCAAGGAAAACCCCGACAUUGUGAAGGACGAGGGUGUGCAAUACGAGCCGGCGUUCUUAGAAGACAUGAUCAUCCUUCUGGAUACAGCAUCGCACCCGGAACUUGUCGAAGACGGAAUCGCUCGCGAUGUUAUGACUCGUGUGCAAAAGAUGCGGAAAACGGCAGGAUUAGUCCCAACUGAUGACGUCCGUAUGCAAUAUGUCAUUGUGUCAAACCCCGAUGGUGUUCAGUUCGACACGCUGGUAUCUUCCCGACAAUCCCAAUUCGAGAGCACCGUACGGGGCCCGCUAGAACCCGUUCCAGCAAAUGUGGAGUCGACGGAAACCGUCAUACUACAAGAAGAGCACGUUUUAAGCAACCUGACAGUGCAGUUAAGACUAUGCCGACUUUGAUUAGAAUAUCGGGAUUGAAGAGAGAUCUAUAGAGCACACUGGGUUUGAUAGUUAUGAAUGAUAAAGCAAAAAAGAGUUAAAGCGGACAUCUCGCAGAGUUACUGUACCGGCUGUUGGAAAAGCCGACUUCUAUAAGAAGCAUUGCCUUAUUAAGUAGGCGUAGCUGUCUAAAGAAAUUCUACACGACGAGUACAGUUCAAGCAUAUGGACUUCACAUGUAAUUGGUGAAUCCCUAUUACGUCUAAGUGCCUGCUCAUGCCUAAUAUUAGCAAUACAUUAUGUAUGUAGCACUCGUAUUUCUCGGUAGGUAACGUUUAAUCGUCCC